AGACUGGCAUUACCGUUUUGUCUUGCUCCUCAUCUUCGACAAGCGCCAUUGUGCCGUCAAUUUUUCUUGUGAAAUUCGCGAACUCGCACAACACCUCACACGCGCACCUCCUCUGUUUCCCUUCCACGAACACACCACGCAGCGUGAUCCUCUUUCGUUGACGUCGUCUUACGUUCACGGAAACACACACACACGCACAUUUCGCUCUUCGUUGUGGUUGACGCAGUUCGCCGUGCAUUAUUUUUUCCUCGUUUCGUCUCGUUUCACCGCCUCUUCGCUUUUACUUUUCCCCUUUCAUUGCGCGUGUGUGACCGUCUUUGCGCGUUGCGCACCUUCACCGUAGACACGUAUCCCCACACGCUUUUGUACGUACGCCAGUUUUUAUUUCUCUUCGUUUUCUGGCCCCCACCUCUCUCUCUGCGCCGGUGCCGCCAAUUCAUUCUUCAAUACGUUUCUAUUUUUCGCUGUUGUCCAAAUCUGAACUUCACUGCAUUUUAUUUCUUCUUCUCUUUUCGUUCGUUUCGUUUUCGUUUUCGUUUUCGUUUUCGUUUUCGUUUUCGUUUUCGUUUUCGUUUUCGUUUUCGUUUUCGUUUUCUGUCGUCGCGCCGUCGCGUCUCGCGAUGAUCAGCACGGCGAUUUUCCCCCGGAACGCGAGUGCCUUUACGGCGGGGCAGAACCGCAAUGUGUACGUUGCCAGUCUGCCGAUGAACUUCGACGAUCAGGAGCUGCACAACCUCUUCUCCCCUUAUGGUCGCAUCAUUUCGGCACGUAUCAUGCGGGCGAAGAAGUCGCACCUGUCGAAGGGGUAUGGCUUUGUCAUGUACCGGGAGGUGAGUGCAGCCGAGCAGGCUAUCCAGGGGCUGCACGGCCGCGUCGUCGGGGGCUCCCGCAUCCAGGUCCGGUGGGCCAGCGCGGACGCCUCCACGACGUUUAGUAAGGUGUCGCACACCCCUGCGCUCCCGAGCGUGUCGACGCCGGCGGCGAGCGCGGCUGCCGCCAUCACCACGACCGCGACGGCGGCUGUCCCAAACGCGCACGUGGUGUCCAUCGCCACCAAUCCAUACACUCCUCAAAUCCAGUCACAGGCGUACAUGCUUAUUGCGCCGACGAUGCAGUACGAGCAGCAGCCACCGCCGCAGCCGGGAGCGACGACCUUCGCGCUCCAUCAGAACUACGGCGCCCUCUUGAACUCACCGCUGGUGGUGGCAGCGAACAGCGGUGUAAUGCAAGCUGCCUUUGCGCCGCAAAGUCCGCUGCAGCCGAUACUGCCGCAGCUCUCCUCGUCACCGCCGCAACAGCCGAUGCACCUCAUGGUGCUCCCGAAUGGUGAGCGGCACAUCGUGCAGUUCAAUCAGCUGUCUUUUCAAAACAUCUAA